UCGGACCAGACACCUGGAAAGUAAAGGGAAAUGAGAUUCUCGUACAGCUGUAGACCGGCUUACUUUGACCUUUCAGCACUCUGGACAGCGCUCCGCUCUGGUGCGCGUGUGGCAUGUGCGCUGGAGAAGUGACCACUGGUAGUGUCAGGAGCUGGUGGGGCGCACGGACAACGAGCAUGGCGGACUCUCCAUCACAUCUUUCUGUCUAACUGUCACCACGAGGAUGAACAUACCGGAAUUUUUACUUCAAGUGUCCAUCGUGGUCAUAGCGGUGGUCUCUCUCUUGACCAACUUCUCAGUCGUGCUAUGUUUUAUGCAAAGCAGCGAGCUCAGGUCCCACGUCCCCGGCGUCUUUAUCCUAAACCUGUCUUUCUCCAACAUCCUGCUAACUGUUAUAAAUAUGCCCGCCACUUUUCUUGGUGUGGUUGAAGGAGAUACGCCAUUCGGGGAUUUGUUCUGUCAGGGCGUAGCGUUUGCAGAGACUUUCCUCACCACUAAUGCCAUGCUGAGUAUGGCAGCGCUGAGCAUGGACAGGUGGGUAGCGGUGGUUUUCCCUCUCAGCUACUCCAGUAAGAUGCGCUACAGAGACGCUCUUCUCAUUGUGGUGUAUUCCUGGCUGCACUCGGGGACAUUUUCUGUAACACAACUGCUUAUGGACUGGGGCGGAUUCAGCCACACGUACGCGUCCUGCACCGUGCACCUGAACACCGAGGCAGGUUCACCGAGGAGUACCUUUGCAACUUUCACCGCACUGUUUCACAGCAGCAGCUUUGCGCUCUGCCUACUGGUUCUUUGCUUCGCCUAUAUAAAAGUUUUGCGCGUUGCAAGAUUUCACUGCAAAAGAAUAGAUGUUAUCACAGUGCAGACUUUGCUUCUUCUGGUUGACAUCCACCCAAGUGUAAAGGAGCGAUGUUUAGCUCAGCAGAAAAAGAGGAGACAGCGCGCCACAAAGAAGAUUUUCAUCUUUAUCGGCUCUUUCAUCUUUUUCUUCUCACCUUAUGUAAUAACAAGACUGGUGGAGCUGGUGCCCUCAGUGCACAUCCCAAGAUACUGGGGUAUCUCAUCGAAAUGUCUGUCCUAUGCCAAGGCCUCCACAGACCCGUUUGUGUACUGCCUCCUGAGGCAACAGUACAGGAGAGCUCUGGUCAGCGUCAUCUGCAGAGUCCUGAGACAGGACCACUACACACUGUCAGUGCACAGUGCUCACAGCAGUACUCUGGACACCUCAGAAGACAACUAUGUCAUUAAAAAUGCUCUCACCUAG